AUGUCGCAGGAAGAGGAGGACGACCUUCUUUCUUAUGGCGUCUCAGAAGAGGAUGUGCAGGCAUACGAUGAGGACGACAUCAACGAUGAAGAGCAAUCAUACCCGGCGGAGGACGGUGUUGACGAGGCCGUGGGUGAAGGCACUGGAGCCGAGGAGGGCGGCGGCGACGGCGGGGAGGGCGAGCAUGGCGAGGGCGGAGGCGAUGACGGCGCGGGCGGCCACAGCAAUGGGCAUGACACGUUUGCUGAUGAGCAUGGCAAUGAACAGCAGCGGCAGCAGCAAGAGCCCCACCAGCAGCUGCAGCCGCGGAACGCGCAGCAGCAGCCCGGGCAGCAGUGGCAGCAGCAGCAGCAGCAGCAGCAGCGCGCGCAGCAGGGCCAGGGCCAGCAGCGGCAGCGGAUGACCCAGGGGCCCGGCCGCGGGCGUGGCGGCCGGGCUCUCGGUGCCAGCGGGCGCUUCGACGGCGCUGGGCGCCCUAUUAUGGGGCUCGGUGGCCAGUUUGACGCCAUGGGCCCUGGCGGCGGGCCGCGGCCUGGCGGCGGCAUGAUGGGGCCCGGCCUUGGCCAGAUGCAGCAGCUACCGCCGCAGCAACAGCAACAGCAGCAGCAGCAGCAGCAGCAGCAGCAGCUGGCGCGCAUGCAGGCCAUGCAGGCAGGCGGCGGGGGCGCCCGCGGGCCAGGCAUGUUGCUGCAGCCGCAGGGGGGCGGCGGAGGCCCCAUGCUCAUGGUGAUGGGCCCGAACGGCAUCCCCAUGAUGGUCCCCCAGGGGGCGCUCAAUAUGAUGGUAUCUGAGGCCGGAGCCAUUGCACCAAUCGUCCCGAUAAUGGGAGGCCUGCCCGGCGCCGUGCCGCAGCUAGGGGUCGGGCCCACCCCACAGCUGGGCAUGGGCCCCAUGCAGCAGGCGCCGCCGCAGCAGCAGCAGCAUCUGACGCAGCCGCAGCCACCCCCGAGAGGCGUGCAGCCCAUGGGGCCCCGCGGCGGGCAGGCGCUAGGGCCGGGCCCUCAGGCAGCGGCCUGGCAGGGCGGCGCCGGGGGUGGCGGUGGUGGCAGGGUGGCUGGCCAGGGCGGCUCCAUGCGCCAGCAGCAGCAGGUGGCGAUGUUGCCGGGACAGCAGCUGGCGCAUCCGACGCCACAGCUUGGGAUGGGCAGUGGUGGCAUGCGACCGGGUCCACAUGUACAGCAGCAGCAGCAGCAGCAGCAGCACCAGCAGCAGCACCAGCAGCAGCACCACCACCCGCAGCAACAGCCCCACCAGCUGCAGCAACCACAGCAGCAGCCACAGCAGCACCAGCAGCACCAGCAACACCACCAGCAGCAGCAGCAGCGGCCGCGGUCUCACGUCGACGGCGGUCGAACGCAGCCGCCAGCAUGGCAGCCGCAGCAGCAGCAGCCCCACUCGCACCCGCUUCCGCGCGGCCCCCUCGGCGGCGGCGGGUUCAACGGGCAGCAACAACACCAGCAGCAGCAGUGGCAGCCGCAUCAGCAGCACCAGCAGCACCUGUCCCAGGAGGAGCAGCAGCUGCGGCGGCUGCAAAUGGAGGCGGGUGACGACGACGGCGGCGGCGGCUUUGGGGGCGCUGGCCCCUUACUGCUGGGCGACCUGCCGCCUGUGCGGCCCGCCCUGGGCGGAGGCGGUCGCGGCAGCUUUGGCGUGGGCGCCGCUUGGCAGGAGGGCCAGGGAGCGGUGACGGACGAUGACAUCACCGACGAGGACGCCCUGCUUGCAGGGCUGGAUUCGUCGGCCGUCAAGGUACCGCCGGAGGCCGGGCGCCCGUCGUCGCUGUGGCGAGCAGGCAGCGCGGGCGCCGGCGCCGGUGCUGUGGGGCCCGGCGGGGCGCCGGGGCUGGGGCCCGGCGGCGGCCGGCACGUGCCGGGUGGGCGCGGGCUGGGCGGGCGGGGCGCGGGCCGGCUGUCCUGGGUGCGGCCGGGGAGCCAGCCGCAGGAGCACCCGACGGCGACGACGCCGACAGGCGCGGGCGCUGCGGCGACGCCCGGCGCCCCUCCCGCGGAGGCGGCGGCGGCGGCCCCGCUGGGUGCGGCGGCGGCGGCGGCCCCGGUGGGUGCGCCAGCCGCUGCAGCGGCGCCAGCAGCGGCCGCGGCUGCGGCCCCCGCUGAUCCAGUCCUGGCGAAGCAUGAGGAGAUGAUCAGGCAUAUGAGGCAGAUGAUCGCCAUCAAGGAGAAGGAGAAGCAGGCCAGGAAAGCCAAGGCGGCAGGCGGCGCGCCCGUUGCAAAGGGCAAGCCGAAAAGCACAGCGUCGGUGGUGGGCUCGAAGCCGUCGGUCGCGCAGCCGCCCGCAGAGGAGGCUGGGCACCAGCAGGCAGAGCGCCGGCAGCAGCAGCAGGAGCAGCAGCAGCAGGAGCAGCAGCAGCAGCAGCAGCAGCAGCAGCAGCAGCAGCAGCAUCAGGAGAAGCAGCAGCAGCAGCGGGAGGUUCAGCAGCACGGGGAACAGCAGCAGGACGAGCCGCAGCCGUCGCACCGCGCUCCGCCAUCAACCCCCAAGCGUCGAGGAAGCGGCGAAGGCAGUGACGCGCCUGUCGCUGCUGCAGAAGCAGAAGCAGCAGCAGCAGCAGCAGCAGCGGCAGCAGCAGCAGAAGCUCCUGCCGCCCUGCAUUCCGACGGGCACAAUGGCGGCCCCCUGCCGAAGAAGCCGCGCACAAGCCGCAGCCCGCCUGCCGAGCACGACCGCGCGCACAACCGCGAGCGGGAGCGCGACCGCGAGCGUCACCGCGAGCGCCGUGCCAGCAAGGGCAGCGGCGGCGGACGCAUCGGCAGCGGCAGCGGCGGUGAGGACCGUGAUGCAAAGGCAGCGGAGGCGAAGCCAGCAAUAGGGCCCGGCGACCUGCGGCACCUGCUGGAGCAGCGGAAGCGGCAGCGGCAGCAGCAAGAGCAGGCAGGGGGCCAGCAGUAG